CUUUCCCGGUUGGGGGGGCAGGCAGAGUAUCGAUUAACCCCUGCGUGGCCGGGAGGGCAGGACUCCGCGGGCCGGAACCCGCAAGUCGGGGCUCCCCAGCCACACCCCUCGCGGGAUUUAAAGGGGCAGGAGGGGACGGGUCGGAUCGAAGCCCGGACCUAGGGAGCGGGCAUGAGGCGCUGCCCGUGCCGGGGGAGCCUGAGCGAGGCAGAGGCCGGGGCGCUGCCGGGAGCGGCCCGCAUGGGGCUGGAGGCGCCGCGAGGGGGGCGGCGGCGGCAGCCAGGGCAGCAGCGACCUGGGCCCGGCGCAGGGGGCCCGGCGGGGCGGCCGGACGGGGGCGGGCCCCGGGCCCGGCCCGAGGGGUCCAGCCUCCACACCGAGCCCGAGAGGGUCGGCCUCGGGCCUGAGCCGGGGACAAACGGACAGGUUGAGCCUGAAGCAGCUGGCCUCGGAGCGGAGACAGAGCGGCCCGGCCAAAAGACGGAGCCAGACAUAUCCAGCCUCCGGACAGGUCCAGAAAAGAGCAGCCACUGGUCAGAGCUGGAGACAGCCGGUCCCUGGACGGAAACUGGGACGGAUGGCUUUUGGACUGGUCCAUACAGGUCUGACCUCCAGUCUCAGCCAGAGAGGGCCGACCUCCGGACGCAGCCCGGAGUUGAUGGGCCCUGGACAGAGAUAGAAAUACAUGGGUCACAGACCCAACCAGAGAGGACCACGACCUGGGCUGAUAACCUCUGGACCCAUAAGAACAGGUCCAGCCUCCGGACUCAGCCAGAGGGGGCCGGUUCCUCAACAGAGCCAAGUGCUGAUGGCUCUCAGAUACAACAGGAUACGAAAACAGCCUGGGAACAGGUUUGCACUGAUGGUUUCCCAACAUGGCAAGAUACUGUUGGCUCCUGGACACGGCCUGGCACUGAUGGUCCCCAGGCACAAGAUACUCAUGGACCCCAGACAGAACCUGGGACAGACUGUUUUUUGGGGGAGUCCCAGCAGGAUGGCCCGUUAGAGGAACCAGAAGCAGGGGAGUUGGGGACUCACCUAUACUCUCACCUGGAGUGUAGCUCCCUGACCCCUGUGCCCCGCCUCAUCAUCACUCCUGAAACACCUGAGCCUGAGGCUCAGCCAAUGGAGAUGGGACCCCCCUCCCGGGCUGAGGGGGGCAGUGGCGGCUUCUCCUCUGCCUCUUCUUUCGACGAGUCUGAGGAUGAUGUGGUGGCCGGGGGCAGAGGUGCCAGCGACCCCGAAGACAGGUCUGGGAACAAACCAUGGAAGAAGCUGAAGACGGUUCUGAAAUAUUCGCCCUUUGUGGUCUCCUUCCGAAAACACUACCCUUGGGUCCAGCUGUCGGGACACGCUGGGAACUUCCAGGCAGGAGAGGAUGGUCGCAUCCUAAAGCGCUUCUGUCAGUGUGAGCAGCACAGCCUGGAGCAGCUGAUGAGUGACCCCCUGCGGCCUUUCGUGCCCACCUACUAUGGCAUGGUGCAGCGGGAUGGCCAGGCCUUCAACCAGAUGGAAGAUCUCCUGGCAGAUUUCGAGGGCCCCUCCAUCAUGGACUGCAAGAUGGGCAGCAGGACCUACCUGGAGGAGGAGCUAGUGAAGGCCCGAGAAAGGCCCCGGCCCCGGAAGGACAUGUAUGAGAAGAUGGUGGCUGUGGACCCCAGGGCCCCCACCCCUGAGGAACAUGCUCAGGGUGCUGUCACCAAGCCCCGCUACAUGCAGUGGAGGGAGACUGUGAGCUCGACCUCCACCCUGGGCUUCCGGAUUGAGGGCAUCAAGAAGGCCAGUGGGACCUGCAACACCAAUUUCAAGAAGACCCAGGAGCUGGAGCAGGUGACAAAGGUGUUGGAGGACUUUGUGGAUGGGAACCGUGGAGUCCUGAGAAAGUAUGUGGCUCGCCUGGAAGAACUCCGAGAGGCUCUGGAGAACUCCCCCUUCUUCAAGACCCAUGAGGUGGUAGGCAGCUCCCUCCUCUUCGUGCAUGACCACACUGGCCUGGCCAGGGUCUGGAUGAUUGACUUCGGCAAGACAGUGGCCCUCCCUGACCACCAGACGCUCAGCCACCGGCUGCCCUGGGCCGAGGGCAACCGCGAGGAUGGGUACCUCUGGGGUCUGGACAACCUGAUCCACCUCCUUCAGGGGCUGGCCCAGGGUUGACCCACUUGCCCACUACCAGGUUUAUUUAUUGGAUGGUGCCCGUCCGGCUGGCGGUGCCCUGAGAUUGGCCACGGGGGGAGGGGGGUGCUGAUCGCGGGGAUGGGAGAGGUUGUGUUGUACACCACGUGAGACCAGAGUGGAAGGUCCGAAGGGCCUCGGAGACCAGGUAGCGUCCGGCCCUUUCAUGAUAGGGAGGUUUUAAAGACUGGAGCAGGGGUGUGACAUGGCUGCAUCCCACGGUGAAUCAGAACCAGACUGGAUCCUCCGACGAGCCAGGAAAGUUUCCGAGGGGCUGCUGGAGACCAUAACUAAACCGUGAGCCCUGACAGAACACAAUUCAGAUGCCACCGGGCACAGGCGUGACAUGGUGCCUCUCGCCAUAGGAAUGACUGUAAUCACGGCCUCUGUCAGCCUCCUCCCGGCUGCAGGCUGGCUCCUGGAAGCCAGGGGAAGGUCAGCUUCAUCACUGGUGCGCCGGUGAACUAGCCCUCACCCGUGCACAAAGGCAGAAGCCACCUGUCUGCCUGGGAGAGUUCUGGCCCCAUCCGUUCAUCCGGGAGCCAUUCCAGCGCUGACACUCCAGGGAGGGUGUGACACCAUGGGGCUGGGCUGAGAGCUGCUGCCGUUGGGCAGGACCCAGUUCUCCCUGUCCUGCCCUCCCCUGGCCCCAUGGGAUCCUCCCCGCUCCUGAAGGAACUCCGCUGACCCCCUGCAGAGCCAGACCACAGCCACGUCCCGUGCCCGGCACUGUGACCUGCACCACCUCGUUCCUCAGGCACCAGCCUCAGUCUUGGGACUUCCUCCUCCCACCCCUUACCCUCUUUCCCUUGUUCCUAGCCGGCUGGUGGCGGGAAGGGCUUUCAGCCAUGGAAAAGCAGGUUUGGGAAGCAGAGCUGCCUUCCUCCAGGGGUGCAGGGUAGGUGGGGCCACUGGCUGUGGCCCUGGGGCUUGCAGCCUGGUCCAAACCAAAGACCCUAGCACCGCCACGUAUGGGUGAUGCCCCUCCAUCCCCCUCCUCCUGCACCUGUACGUCUAGCUUCUUAGCUUCAGAGGCUGGGAACCAGGCACCUCCCUCUUCCCUAAGCUGAAGCUUGAAUGUGUCUUCCAGGCCUGAGGAGGUGGGCUCCUUUUCUACUGACCACCUUUUUACUUAUUUAUCUGAGAGAGGUAGUUGUUAGGUGGGGCAGCGCUCCGAACAGGAGGCAGAAUCGCUUCAUGUGCUUUCCCCUCCAUGACGACGCCCCAAUAAAUCGCACAGUCGGUCAA